AUGGUUAACACUCGUACUAACAGUCGACGUGAGAGAGCAGCUCCAAGCAAUGGCCAAUUUAAUCGAAAUGGGGCUGGAAAUGAUGUCAACCAAAGGCCUCCUCGAAGGCCACUUCCGGGUGUGCAACUCACAAGGAAUGAGGAGGAAUUGGCUCAAUUGAGGGCUGAAAAGGAAGCAAACUUGCAAAGGAACGAGCACACAGAUGGAAACUAUUCCAAUCGCUCGAAUCGUGUUGAGAUAUCUGCUAGAAGGUCAUUGGUUGCUCCUAGUAAUGUGGUAGCUGAAGGGAAUGGUGUGGAAAAUGCGGUGGAGCCUCGUGUUGUGGCUGCUCCUCGUGUCCACAACUUUAAGUAUGGAAGUUUCAAGAAGUGUGGUGCUAAGGAAUUUGAUGGCACACUUGAUGCAGUGGGUGCAAUGGAAUGGUUGGCUGAUGUUGAAGUGGUUUUUGCUUUAUGUUAUUGCCCGGAUAAUAUGAAGGUUUUAUGUGCUACUCGUGUGUUGCCAAAGAAUGCUCGAAACUGGUGGAGAUCAGCUAUGGUUUCCUUGACUCAUGAGGUGCUUGCUGCUAUGCCUUGGGGUACAUUCAGGGAAAAGUUUUUGGUAGAAUAUGUGGGUACACGUGAGUUAAGGUUGAUCAAGAAGGAAUUCAGGGCUUUGACUGCUAAGCCAGGUGCCAUAGGUGAGUACGCCCGCUCAUUUACAGAAAAGCUCCAGUUUGUAGGUCGUAUGGUACCCAGAGAGAUAGAUCAGAUCGAAGCUUACUGUGAUGGUCUUCCUGCUAGCUAUCGUGGCCUCUGCAGGAAACAUACUACGUUGUCUGCUGCUAUCAAGGAGUCUAAGAGAUUGGAUGAUGAUUUGAAGUCUGAAAAAGUGGCUACAAAAGAUGAUGAUAAGAAGUCCAGGUUCAAGAGAAGGUUUAAUGGGUCUUCAAAUUCAGAAAAACGGUUUAAAGGAGGUUCUUCCUUCCAUAAAGGCAAGGAUGAUAAGAAGAUUGCUCCAUGGUGUUCAGUUUGCAAGGCCCUACACAAUGGGUCAUGUUCUGAGAAGACAAAAAGAUGUGACAAGUGUGGUAUGCCGGGCCAUGCUACCUCAGUUUGUAAGGAUAAGACUCCUUGUUACAGGUGCCAGGAGAUGGGCCAUUUGAUUGCAGAUUGUCCCAUAAAGAAGAAAGAAGACGAGAAGAAGAAAGAUCAGCCCAAAGCUAAGUCUCAUGCCUUUCAGAUGACUACCGACCUUGCAAAGGAAAAUGAUGAGGUAGUAAGCGGUACUUUUCUUGUUAAUUCAAAACCUGCUUCUGUUCUUUUUGAUUUGGGUGCAAAUAAGUCUUUUGUGUCUAACUUGUUUGCUCCUAAGCUCGAGAAAGUUACUACCCCCUUUGAUUGUUCUAUAGAGGUAGAAAUUGCUAACGGUACUAUUAGUGAUAUCCGUGUGGGUUAUGAUGAUUGUUCUAUCGAGAUUGAGGGUAGUUUCUUUUCGGUCCAGUUGUAUCCUACUACUCUUGCUGGUUUUGAUAUAGUGAUAGGCAUAGACUGGUUAUCCCAAAAUGAUGCUACCAUUAUAUGUUCUCAAAAGAUCGUGCGUUUCUCUUCUCCGGAUGGUAAGGUCAUUUCUGAUUAUGGAGAUAAGAAGAAAGGGAGCAUAAAGAUCAUUAAUUUGAUGAAGGCUCUCAAUUGCAUUCGGCAUAAUAAGAAUCACUUCUUUGCUUAUGUUAUUGAUACACGAAAGGAGAAGUCUUCUAUCUCUAAUGUUGAUGUGGUUUCUGAAAUUUCUAAUGUCUUUCCGGAUGAUCUUCCCGGUAUUCCUCCCGAUCAUGAGGUCACUUUUCAGAUUGAUCUUGUACCCGGUGCCACUCCUGUUGCAAAAGCACCGUAUCGUUUAGCUCCUACAGAAAUGAAAGAGUUAAUGUCUCAGCUUUAA